GAAUCUGAGAUCCAGAGUACUGUCAACCGAGUAGUAAGGUUGAUACUAGGACGGGAGUUGAAGAGCCAGUUUAUCAGAAGAGAAAAGAUUUCCCUGGAAGUAAAUACGAAAAGACAUGGACUCGAUUUGAUAAUCAAGAGAGUAAAUGCUGAAUUGGAGAAGGUCUAUGGGUUGACUCUAGUUGAAACACCUCCCGAGAAAAAGUCCAGAGUGACGAAAACAACCAAUGUUAAGGUCAAACAACCUUUUGCUAUAGUGAGCUGUCUUGAACCUAAGUCCAAGAAAGUAUUGGGAGAGUUGUGGCAAACUUCUACCAACGUCAAUCCAGAGGCAGAUGCGCAUGGAAGUAAAUACUUCGUUCCCAAGUAUAAAAAAACCGAAGGUCCCCUCUCAAAUAUCGAGCUUGUAAGAACUGGAAUCAUGUUGUACAUAGUGUCGAUGUUGAUUUUGGCAGAGAACUACCUUCUGGAAGAUGACUUGGAAAGAGGCAUGGAGAGAAUGGGAAUAUCCAAAGAUCUGAAUAAGCGUAACAGCAACUUGGGUAUGAAUUUACAGGAAUUGGUUAGUGAUUUGAUCAAGAAGGAUUAUAUCAACAAAGAGGUAUCUAAAGGUACGGUGGAGUCGGAAAACCGGGUUAUCUAUUCUCUUGGGAGACGGUCUCUUGUAGAAUUUCCGCCACAGGCUGUAGUAGAAUAUGUCAGAGUCCUCUACGGUGAGAAAUUUAAUGCCGAUCAAACAGUCAUGACAAUAGAAAGGACAUAUGGAGUUAAGCUAGAG